CGCUGACAUUUCUCUGACAUUUGUCCACAACCGACUUUUUUCCCAUCUCGUCGGUUUGUAACUUGUGCCUGCCGUUCUCGCUGCUCCGCCGUGUUGGCCGAGUGUAACGAAGUCAGGUAAACAUUUGCCGAGGGUGCUGAGUGAAAAUGUUUUCGUUUUGGUGUUUGAAUGUUGCUGUUUGGCCGCUGCCGCUCGCCGAGCCCCGCCGUCGUCCUCGUCGAUGUGUCAAGUGUUGAGUGUCCGUAGCGGGUUAGUAGUGGAUUAUCGCGGUCGGUAUCGAUUUAGAAUUUGAUCGACGACCACGACCCAGUUGCCAGUCGCGCUGCCGCCUGUAGUGAGUAGAAAGGAAAAGGACACGGUUGUGAGUCGACCGCGCGGGUUAAACGGAGCAAAUAGGAAGAAGGUGCCGUCUGUGACCCGAGUGAGUGUUGUCCCCGCGAUUCAGGACGUGGCGGGAGUCCAGUCGGUGCGAGCGACGAAGUUCUGUGGAUGUUCCUGGUGAUUUCGUGGGUGUCGGGAGUGCAUUCGAGUGUGUUUUGGUUUUAUCAAUGAACGAAUAAUUUCCAUAUUCAGUGGAUUGUGCCGGUGGCCGCGCGGAAUGUGAGACUUCUCCUAGUGCGGCGGAAUGCAGAGUUCUCGAGCCGAACUUCCAUAAGUUUUGUGGGUGAGAUUUGGAUUUUUGCGUUCCUGAAGAUAUUAACUUUGCAACAUGGCAAACUUCAUUGGUUGCAUGUUGUUGCAAAGGAUCCUAUGGCCUAGCAUAAUAGUUGCAUGUGCUUUUAUGCGGCCAACUGGAAUUUCUUUUGUAUAUCUACUCAUGUUUUUUAUAUCACCAUUUAUUCCUGUCGCAACGCCAAAAAAUAUCAGAGGAUCUGUGGGUGCAUAUUUCAUAGUAUGGAUAGCAUUAACAUCACUCCUUAUAUUAUUACAUAUAGGACUGCAAAUAGCUGUAUUAGUGUUAGGAUUUGAAAAUAUUAUUGGAAAAUGUUCAUUUUUAGAAAUUUUGCUAAGGCACAUCGGAUUUAUACACUUAAUGAAUUUACAACCAUUGGCAAUAGCUGAAUGGGUCGUACCUGAAGUCUUGGCCUUUGCUGCGUCCGUCAUUUUAUAUGUCAUACUAAAGAAAAUAGUGGUAGAUACGAACGAAGAGGAAGAAGUAACCGAUGUUGUGGUUCGCGAUGGUAACGUUGAAGAGGGCUUCCGGCAAUUGCGAGCUAACAAAGAGGAUACUAUUGCCUCGAGUGUCAUAGAAAAGUUACAAUUAAUAGGUCCUUAUAUUUCCUUGGCAGCGAUAUUCUUAGCUGCUGUUCUGCGUCCAUCUGUCCCAGGAGGAUUGUAUUUUUUAAUUUUUCUUGGAGGUGGCACAUAUUGGGCUUGUUAUAAAAGCUUUGGUCGCGCUUUCCGGAUUGUUUUGCAAAUUCUUUUGGUUAUCAUCGUAGCACAUUCAAUUGCAAUAUUUACUUAUCAAACACCUUGGCCUCAGCAGUUCCUAGCAAAUUCUAGUUUGCCUGCAAGAUUGUCUGGUCUUGAGCCUUUAUUUAUUUCUUCUUGUACGAAAGGAGACGACAUACGUGUGAUUUCCUUCAACGACUCAGUCUAUUUCGAUUCGUAUCUGAAUCCCAUUGCAAUCUUGCUAUGCUACUAUAUUCUGGCGUUGACGUGCAAAAGUCCUGUUUCGAAGACGGAAUUUACGCAAGAUGAAAGUACUACUGAAAUUCCUACUGAAAAUACGCCUUUGGUACGCCGAAGCACGCGCAGCAAGAAAACUCCGAAAACAGAGAACAUUGCAAUGGGUUCGAUGUCGGAUGAAACCACAGAAGCUGAAGUACGUCCUACCGUCCUGGAUGAAGUGAUCCUAGGUCUACAAAGCUGCGGAAACUUUUUAUACAUCAAUAGUUAUAUUUUUACAAGCAUAAUAAUGAUGGUAUGGAGCAUAGUGUAUCAUAGUUGGUUGACCUUUGUGUUGUUAAUAUGGGCGAACGCUCUGUGGAUGAUACCAAAUCAAAGGAAAACAAUGCUCAGGUCUUCACCGUUUAUAGUUUUCUAUGCGGAGCUACUACUUAUUGCGCAAUAUAUCUAUGGAAUGGAUUUGACUGAUGAAGAGUUACCAUCUUCGGUUGAGGUACAAGCUGUGAACCUGCGUCAAAUUGGUUUCGUAAAGCCGGCGAAAUAUCCUUGUGCUCCAUUAAUGUUGAAAACAUUCUUCAUCCUCAUGUUUUGGAGUACAAUGCGUCAAUUAUUCAGGGAGCAGUUAGAGAAAAGACGCUCUGCAACUUUAGCUAAUAUUGUAGCGCCGUUACAGUUAUCUGUAGGAGCAGCGACAGCAGGUCUAUCGUCCGAAACUGCCGAACGAAAAACACGUUUCAUAGAUAAAGUCGGAGAAGUUUUUAAAUCACUUCUAGUUAAAUUAUGGAUUUGGUUGCUAGUUUUCGUCAUAUUUUUGUGCGGCAUAACUGGCCACCGAAUGACCGGGUUCCGUAUUUGCUACAUGGCAUUGUUUCUAUUCUUCGUUUUGGCCUUCCAGUUGUCAUGGCGCUCGUGGACGAAAAUCAUGUACGGGUACUGGCUCGUGCUUAUUGUGUACGCUAUGACAAUUCUGAUUCUUAUUUACACCUACCAAUUUGACCAGUUUAAUACAUAUUGGGAGAAGUAUAUAGGAAUCAGUGACACAUUACAAAAAGACAUAGGGUUGGAAAAGUAUAAAACGAAAGACUUAUUCCUGCAUUUAUUCAAUCCUACGCUAAUCGUAGUUAUGACAGUCCUACAAGUUCACUACUUCCAUGCGAAGUUCCUCGAGUCAUUGAUAAAGCAAGAGGUCGAAGAAGUCCUCCCGAAUACAAGAGAAGAGGCUGGAGAAGAAUCCAAGCAAGAUGAAUCGCCCAGUGACGGUCUAGACAAAGAAAAUGGUGACCCACAGAAGUACUCCCUGUUUAGACGGAUUUCUCGUCGCCGUAUUGAACAAAUAGUUACUACAACCCGUGCUGCGGGCAAACAAAUAUUGGAAUAUGUUUGGAUUUUCGCAGAGUUGCAUUUAAUGAAAGUUAUAAUGGUGGUUGCGUUUUGGUGUUGCUUAGCUAAUGUGUGUGUUCUUCAUAUCGGUUUCGCUUUCCUUGCAGUCAUAGCUGUUGUGUCACGAAUGAAAGUACAAAUAUUUAUAAGUCGUGUGAUAUCCGUGCAAAUGUCGAUCUUGUUGUUAGCUAAAAUGAUUUAUCAAGUAGAUUAUAUAAACCAUAAGAAUUAUGAUGCAAUAUGCGAUGAGAACUCAACGGUGUCGCUCAUCUAUAUCAACAACGCCGAAUGGUUUGGCCUGUCCAAAAUCACCGAAUCAAUCGGAUUGGCGACGCUCGUUAAAGGCUAUAUUAUAUACAUGAUUGUUGUCACUCUGCAUGCUGUGGUGAUUUUCCGACAAGGAUAUCGAAGGAGCUGGCUUGGCUUGGAAAAUAAGAGUCCACCAGUUAUGUUUGAAGGUGUUAAACGAAUGGAUGCAGAGGCAGAUCUUGUUGGCCUGUUCAAGUUCCUUUUGAACUAUGGUUACUACAAGUUCGGGUUUGAGAUUUCCUUAAUUGCAUUAGUAUCUGUUAUAAGUUACCGGCAGGAUAUACUUGCUAUACUCUAUGUAAUGUGGUUGUGCAUUUUGUUUAAAUUAAGACGAUCUUCGUCCGCCAAACUGUGGCCGUCGUUCCAAUUCUUUGUGGCAAUUGUUAUUAUAUUAGAAUAUGUGUUAUUUGUCGGUUUACCACCUGGAUUGUGUAUGGAGUGGCCUUGGUAUAAUUCACCUUAUUUGAAUGGCUUACAGUCCUGGGCCAUGGUGCCUGGACCUCAUUUGCAUAAACAAACUACCAAGCUGAUGUUCGACUUUAUCCUUUUAAUGUUCAUAUAUCGUCAGCAACGGGUAUUUACCUUAGAAAAGAAAUUCAUUGAUUCAAACAUAGAAUAUCCGGCGGGAACGAACAAGUCCAUUGUGAACGAUAUCGACAACUUAGAUGUAACGCCGUUGGAUAAUCCAGUGCCUGAUUUCAUUUCCAACGUCAGAAAUUGGUUGGACAUUCUAAAAAUUGCAGUUCUAAAUGGUUGUUUCUGGGUCACCUUGGCGGUGGUCUUCUUAGCCGGAACCAAUACAAUAAGCAUAUUUUCGAUUGGAUACUUGAUCGGUUCGUUUAUUUUCCUGUGGCAAGGCACUGACUUCUACUUAAGGCCGGUCAGAAGCAUCCUGAAAUGGUGGUAUGUUCUGAUGGGAUACAAUGUCAUUGUUAUCAGCAUAAAAACUAUAAUGCAAAUUGCUGGUUGUCUGUUCUUGAAUACGCUGGAACAGCACGCAUGCUGGUUUGUACAUUUAUUUGGAGUGUCCUGUAUACAUGACACUAUUGCGGAAACUAUGGGUGGCAUGAAAACUCCCAUGCAUGAGUGUCAGGAGAUUUUGGAUGAUACGGGCUUGACGUGGGACGCCGUUUGUUUCACUUUCCUCAUAAUGCAGUUGCGUAUAUUCAAGAGUUACUACUUCCAUCAUAUAAUUAAUGAUACGAAAGCGAGCACAACAUUGGCGUCAAGAGGUGCUGAGAUAAUUGAAGAUUUACGUGAAAAGCAAAUCGAGCAUAAGAAAAAACACGAACGAAAUGUACUUCGCAAGAUCAAGAAAAAAAUGGAAAAAAUACGAUCUAAACAGGAGAAAAUGCUGCGACAUUCUGGUGAAAGAACGCAUGCCUCAGAAGGUGAAACUUUAAGCAAUCUAUCAUCUUGCCAAGGAUCGGGUUAUCAUACACCCAUUGAUGACGAUGAUGAAGAUGACGAGGACUACAAUGAGAACGUCCAAGUCAGAGCACCACUAGAAGUGCCGUCCAACUAUUCAACAAUUAAGUCCAAUAUUUCUAGUGCGCCGUCCCUUCUGCCCACACAGGUUCCAACACCAACAUCGGCUGCAAUGACAUUUUCAUCGGAGGGUUUUCUGGAACAUCGAAAAGUCUCUCUUGGAUCCGCACAAUCGUAUGACUUGAAAAUUCCAACAUUUGAAGAGUCCUCGUCGAUUUAUUUGUCUCAGCCAGGUUCACCUGAAAUUCGGAUAGAGCGCAGUGAUACCAUUGAUGAUCCUGUUUUCACUGCUGAUGAAAAUGUGGAUCAGCUAGAUCCUAAUCAGUCUAGAAAGCAUCGUCGUCAAUCCAGUGUUAAUGCCGUUUCAUGGGACGACGCUAUUGAACCUCAGGAUGAUAAAGAAAAAUUAGUAGAGGAAGGAAAAGAAUUUCAGGAAUCAUCAGCAGUUCAACUAAGACGACGAAAACAAAGUACCCGAAGUCAUAUUAUCAUGCGAGACAGAUCAUUUGAUUUGAGUAAGAGACGAAAUCGAAAUUUAUCUUGGAGUCCUGGUGACAAUAUCAUAAAAAGACCGCUAAGAGGGGAGACCUACGAUUUCGGUCCCGUCGGAAAUCACUUCUAUUGGGAGUCGUUACAAUUGAGCAGAAGGCAUCCUGUUUAUCAUCCAGAAUCUACUCGUGCCGGAGAUUAUUACAUGUUCGAUGAUUUGGACGAGCAGAUCGAAUUGGAAAUCGAUGAUGAAGAUGACGAUUAUUUGGCAACACAGGAGGUUGCUGAAAAGAAGCCCAAGCGUAAGACUUUCAUGGAGGGAGAGGAAAGCACUCCCCCGGAGGAAGCACCAAUAGAAUCGAGCGCUAAGGACGUAUCUGAACAAGAGGAAGAGAAAUCCCAAGAGAAAGGUCUAGUGCGAAAAGUCAUUGAUAGCAUACUCGUCGCAAUAGUAAUCAAGUUGAAUCGAACAUCCAGGAAUUAUCGCUACGUCAUGAGAAUCCUAGAAAAGGAAAAGAAAGUUUUGAAGGAAUCGAAAGGUUUUGGUCUCGGAGCACGAACAGGAACGGGUAAUAUAUGGACACCAUUCAAAUACGUAAAAAAGAUGGAGGGCAACGAUGGAGAGCCUUCUACACAAGCACCUUCCACAUCACAACCACACUUACAUGACCCAUCCAAAACUGUAGAACAUGAUAAUGAUUCAGAUGACAGCUUAGGUAGUCAGGUUGAUCUUUCGGCGAUUACACCUAGGAAAGAGAAAGGCUCGGAAGAUGAUCUUCCCACUGGUAGACGGGUCGAAGAUAUUAGCGACUACGAUGAGGACUUCACGUCGCGAGAUCACAACAUAUUUAUCGAACUUCUGAUAGCAAUCUGGUAUGCAAUUCUAUCAAAUACCGACCUAUUGUGCUACAUGGCGGCGUUAAUUAACCAAGUGGCUGCAGCGAGCUUGUUGUCGUUAACGAUUCCAUUGAUGAUUUUCCUAUGGGGAACCUUGUCAAUUCCACGCCCAACAAAAACUUUUUGGAUUACACUGAUUGCAUAUACUCAAACCGUUGUACUUAUCAAGUGCGUGUUCCGAUUCAAAAUGAUUUGGUUCAAUCAAGCGACAGAUUCUCUAACGACAGCUAAAAUAAUUGGUAUUCAGUUUGUUGAUGGGACUUCUGGAUAUGAUUUGAUUUUGCUGUUGAUGCUGUUCUUCCAUCGGUUCCUUCUGAAGUCACAAGGACUAUGGAAAUCAGAGUAUAAGUCUGAUACUGUUGAUGAUGGCGCCUACAUCCUACUCGACGAACCACCAAAGACUGAUGAAUUGGACGGAGUAUCAUCUCAAGAAGUGAAAGAUAUUGCUGUCAUCACAAAGGACGAAAAUACUCUGAUAAUUGCUCGCCAAAAUCCAGGAGAGCAGAUUGCCGAGGGAGAGGUAUGCGUCCACGUUUCAAACUUCAUUGAGGAGCCUGGAAAUUAUCUGCCGGAAAUCAUCAAAGUCACGAGCGCUAAGUACUGUUCUCCGAUCGUCACAUUCUUGCAAGAUUUGUUGUACAAAGCCAGGCUCCCGACGGACGUGUAUGCGUACAUGUUCUUCUGCGACUUUAUCAACUUUUUCGUUUUGCUUUUUGGAUUCUCCGCGUUUGAUAAUCAACGAGCCGACGGAGGACUUUCAACAUAUCUAGAUGAAAAUCGUGUGCCUAUAUCAUUCUUAAUUAUGCUGAUUAUGCAAUUCGUUCUAAUUAUCGUCGAUCGAGCCCUAUAUUUACGGAAAGCGAUAAAGAAUCGACUUGGGUUCCAUUUGUUCUUAGUUUUAGGAGUUCAUGCGUGGAUGUUUUUCAUCAUUCCCAGCUUGCAAGGACGCGUAUUUAAUUCGCAAGUCCCGACAGUUAUUUUCUAUCUGGUGAAAUGCGUGUAUUUCAUUUUGUCGUCGUACCAGCUUCGCUGUGGCUACCCGACUCGCUUAUCUGGCAAUUUCUUCACCAAAGGAUACUCCAUUAUGAAUAUGCUUGCAUUCAGGAUUUACAUGUUGAUUCCGCUUCUCUAUGAAUUGAGAACGCUCCUGGAUUGGGUCUGUACUGAUACGACAAUGACCCUCUUUGAUUGGUUGAAAAUGGAAGAUAUUUUCACGGAAAUAUAUCUCAUGAAGUGCGCACGACAAAUGGAAUCUGACCUGCCGGUGGAGCGAGGAAUUAAGAAGCCAAUACUCACUAAAGCUAUGAUGGGCGGUACUCUUAUAUUCGUCGUAUCAUUUCUCAUUUGGGGACCUUUUGUGAUCUUUGCAUUAAAUAGCGCUGUAGGUAUUUCGAAUGUGCCUUAUGACGUUUCCUUGUCACUGCGAAUCGGACCGUACGAGCCAGUUUAUGAGAUGGGCGCACAGGACAGUAGUAUUCACAUUUUUGAUCAAUCAAUGAAGGAGAACUUCCAGGCGGCCUAUGUUAGAAGCAAAGAGGCUACAACGUUUUUGUCGGACUACGAUUACAACGAUGUAGCCGCUUUGGUGUUAGGAACAAGCUCUGCCUCUCUCUGGAGCAUAUCACCUCCCGACAAGGAGAGAUUCCUUGAAGAUUUAGAGAAAAAUCGAACACUGACGUGUCGAUUCCGAUAUACACUUUCUCGGAAGUUGUUCAACAAAGAUAGCCCAGCGACGAUUUCCGAGGAAACCGUCUUUGAAUUAACUGCCGAGCAUCCGGGUCGAGCUGGUCUUGUGGAAAUGUUACAAGGGAAAAGUACAGAUGUUGAAGUGAAGUUGGCGGCAUUGUUACCCAAGUUUUUGAAGGUCAAAAGCGGUGGAAAGAUUAAGCCUGUGACACAGCUCCUACCAGUCAAUUUGGAGUACCGUGACCUGACCAUUCGUUUUUAUAAAGAUGCCGCAUCGGAUCAGUCAUGGUGGCAGGUUAAUGAAUUCUGCCAGGAUCCGUUCUACGAAAACGUUCUAUCGAAACUUCCUUUAGCUAAUUGUGACACAAAAAUCGUUAUCUACACAUUUAGCGAUAAAAUGUUCCCCUCAAUCCUAACAAUGCUCACAGCGGGAGGAAUAAUCGGUAUGUACACUACAGUGGUUUUAGUAGGCUCUCGUAUCCUGCGUUCGUUCUUCGCGGGCUCCAGUCGCCGCGUCAUAUUCGAGGAAUUGCCUUACGUCGAUCGUGUGCUACAGCUUUGCUUGGAUGUCUAUCUGGUCCGGGAAGCAAGGGAAUUCGCUCUGGAAGAAGAUCUUUAUGCGAAGUUACUAUUCCUAUAUCGUUCGCCUGAGACUAUGAUAAAGUGGACCAGACCCAAAGAGGACAAUGAAACAGAUGAUACGGCAAGCGGUAGUGCCAAGCGAAAAUCAGACUAAUUAUUGAUUACUUCCAAAAAUGAAAUGAAUCUCAGCGAAAAAAAAAAUAUAAUAGAAAAAUAUGAUUUACAAUCGUAAUUUAAUAACAUGUCAUUAAAUGUAUGUAUACAUUUUUAAUGUUGUCAUAAAAAGAAUUUUUUAUAUUUUUAAACGUCGUAAAAUAAAGAUAUGAAAAAAAAUAACUUAAU